UAUAUCCAUACCAAGGGCACUUCUCGAGUUUACAUCUCCGUCCCUUGCACUGGAAUACAUCAAUGAUCAAACCGAGAAGACAUCAUCUCAGGAUCCUGUCUUUACUUUUGCUCAGUACUUUGGCCUUAUUUUUGUGAUGUAUUAUACUCAAGCACUGAUAACAAUGCAUGGAGCAUCGUGAAGUGAUAAAUUUGUGCUUAUGGAAACUCAGCACAAUGGCAAGCAGCUCACAAGGAAUGAUAAAGAAGAUCCACACCUACCGUUACGAGGAUAUCGUGAAAGAGCAGGGAAGAGAUGUAAUGGCUAUGAUCUUACAAGUUAUCCUUGAGGAAAGCAGUCAGAAGAGCAGUACCCAAGAGAAAUUAAAAGACAUUGGUAUUUACAGCAAACUUGACAAAAACGUUCGCCUGAAAAUAGAUGCAAGUCAACCAUUAGAUGAACAAGAUAUUACUUUUCUCUUCAGCAUUAUCUUCACAUAUUUGAAAGUAAGACCUCUAGAUCCCAAACUAAUGGAUUUGUUAAGAGAGGUAAAGUUCCAAAGAAAUGAAGUUUCUCAUGAGUACCAUGAGCUUACUAAGUCAGAAUUAGAAACUAAAGUGACUGCUUUACAUCAGCUGCUAGCAGAAGCCCUAAAUGAAGCAGAAAAACUUUAUCCCGGUGACAGUGCUCGAAGCACAAAGUUUAACGACAUGAGACUGAAAGUGGACCAGUCCAUCAGUGAGAUUUUAGAAACAAAAGUGCGCGAAUCACUGGAUCCUUCUAAUCCUGAAGAUUAUAAGAUCCAGAGAGAAGAACACAAGGAUUUCUGGAGUCAAAGUGAGGCAGAUAUCCAAUGUGAGGCAAAAGAUUCGCUUUUGAAGGACUGGGGGACAAGAUACCGAAUCAGUUUAAUGGGAUGGCUGGCACAAAGCCAGCUGACAAAGCCAAGUAAUAUUGCUGUGUCACUUAAAAUGGAAACAGAAAAGGUGUUGCACAACUUACUUCCUGUUUCUGAGGAAAUAAGUUUUAUUCAGAAUGACAUUAUCGGUCUCAAAGAUAAAAAAGGCAAUAAUCCAGAGGCUGUCCUCAUAUCAGGUGAGGCUGGAAUGGGGAAGACCACUUUGCUCCGUCUGAUUGGAGAGAAGUGGACGGAAAGACAACAUGACUAUUUUCCUGGUCUUGACAGCUACUUAUUAGUAUUUUACUUUGAAUUUAGAGACAGGACCUCGAACACUUGA